GGGGGGGAGAAAGAGAGAGAGGGAUGGGGGCUUUGAGGGAGACUUAAGCCAGCAGGGAGGGUCGAACAUGGCGCGGAGUGGCCGGGCGGUCGGGAAGGUGCUCGUCGAAAGGUUGACGGUGUCCCCGCGCAGGGCAGCUCUCAGGCAUUUGACAUCUUGGGAAAUCUUGUUGAGCAAAGCCCCUCUACUCCAGGUACCAGGAAGACACUGUGUCUUUUCAAGAAGAACUCUCUUCAACUUUACUGCACCAUUUGGGAAUAAAAGGAAAGAAUAUUCAGAAAGGAGGAUUAUAGGGUAUUCUAUGCAAGAAAUGUAUGAUGUGGUAGCUGUUGUAAGUGAAUACAAGAACUUUGUUCCAUGGUGCAAAAAGUCAGAUGUAUUAUCCAAGCGUUCAGGAUACUGCAAAGCACACUUAGAAGUAGGAUUUCCUCCUGUGUUAGAGAAAUACACUUCAGUUAUUACGCUAGUAAGACCUCACUUGGUUAAGGCGUCUUGUACAGAUGGGAAACUAUUUAAUCAUCUGGAAACAGUGUGGCGUUUCAGUCCAGGAAUCCCUGGCUAUCCAAGAACAUGUACCUUGGAUUUUUCUAUUUCUUUUGAGUUUCGCUCCCUUCUACAUUCUCAGCUUGCCACACUGUUCUUUGAUGAAGUUGUUAAGCAAAUGGUAGCAGCAUUUGAAAGAAGAGCAUCUAAGGUGUAUGGUCCAGAAACCAUCAUACCUCGAGAGCUAAUGCUUCAUGAAGUGCAUCACACAUAAAAGGGGGAAAAGUAGACUUCUCAAACUACUUGGACAACAUAUUUACACAUGAGAUGCUUCUCAUGUGGGCUUCCAAUUACAUGGAGGGAUUUUUUUUGCCGAUUAUGUAUAAUACUACUGUACAAAACAUUGCAUGUAAGAUGCAGAUGUACAUAAUAUAGACGCUUCAAUCAAGUGCAGUUCUAAGCUGCUGAUAACUUGAGUGGCAGCUAUAACUACACCAAAAUUGCCUUCCUCAUCUUGCCAGCUUGUAUGAAAAUCAGCACUGUAUCAGUUCUACUGCCUUAUUUUUGCAGUGUUUAAUAUUUACUAUUUGAAUCAGGUUUAAGUUAUUUUAAAUGCCUAUUUAAGUUAUUUUUUGCUGUUCAGGUCAAGCUUUAAACUAGCAGAGGGUAGUUCUGAGAACAAAGCUUUUUCUCAGUGUAUAAAAUAUGGUGGCAGAAAUUAAUAUGCAACUUUGAGUGUGUAAGAUGAAUGAAUCCUAGAUCAAGGGCUCAGUUUAAUACUAAAUUAUUUACAAGAUUCCAAUAGAUGGUUAAAUCUACAGGAAUCUUGCAUACAUAAUGAGCUUAAGCUUUAAAAAAAGGAAGAUGAUCCAGUCAGUGACAAAGCUAAGUGCUGGGCUCAAUAAAACAUUUAACAAGUUAUAGCAAGAUGUUUAAAUUGACUAGCCCUUGUCAGGAGUUGCUUUUAAAUGUUGCUGCGCUUACAGAUGUCUGUAACAAAAGCCAAUGUCACACGAUCAGGUGUCUUGUUGCGCAACAGGAUUUCUUAGUCUUUCCUCCCCACUGCAGCAGAUCCUGAAGGGAGCAAGGGGAGAAUCACCCCCCUUCCUGGUUCUGCUGAUGGAAGCAAUUCACUCAUUGGAAACAUUUAAAUGGAUUUCACAUAUUCCCUUGGUUCCCCUUUUUAAAAAUGUAAGAGCACCUACAAACAAAUGUGAGGAGGCGGGGUAGUCAAAUUGUGAGGGUGCUAUAUCAUGUUCUGCUCCUUGCAGCUAUUUGUAUCCCUUUUCAACAGAACUUCAAAACUAUGUCAAGAUUAUGCUACCCUUUAACUAUAAGGAGACUGUAUAGGUACCACAAAUCAAAACAGGAGUAGGCUUUUAUAGCGCAAUCCUAUAGAUGUCUACUCAGAAGUAAGGCCAAUUAAGAUUAGUGGAAUUGCGGUCUUAAUCUUUGUAUGUUAGAUACUCAGGGGUCAGUUACACAAAUGCAAGUAAAGCAUAACUAAAUAAAAUCUUAUGCUACAGCAGUCAUUACACUUAAGAACGAAAGAUGUAGGAACUUACUUGCAGACAGGUUAAAGUGUCUGAAGAAUGAGAGACUCCCUAAAGUGCUGGAGGUUUAAUAAUUUCAUAAGCAAACUGUUAUUUUUGCCUGCUGUGACCUACUACUGGAAGGAAACAUUUGUUCGACUUUAAAUUUCCAUAACUUGUUCAAAUACAAUGGGUUCCUGCUAAACUUAAGGCUGAUUUAUCUUCCCUUAAGAAAAGCAAGCAUUUCAUUAAGAGUAUGUCUUGAGCCUGAAAUCCAAUAAGUGUUUCCAAGAAUCUUAUACCUGCUACAAAACAGGAUUACAUAUUGUGAAGAAGUUAAUACAUUUUAUACCUUUGAGCAAUCUUUUAUUACAUAAAGUUGUCACAUAAUUGUAUAUUUGUCUACUUUGUACACAAUUUUUUAUUCAGUCUUGCACACAAUGGCUUCUGCAUUUCCUAGUGAUAGCACGCACCAAUAAAAUUUGAUUUGAUUUAACAGAA